GUGCGGCCUUCCACCUUUGUGGUGUGGAGAAUGCUUCCACCGCUAUGCCCUCUGCUGCCAUCCAGUCCAGAAUAAAAGCCUUUGAGGCACUCUCGGCACCAUCGACGAGCGACACAGAUGGGUCCUCACAGCCAGCAACUCAGGUGACGAAGACAACGGUGCCAGACUCGUCAAGCCUGCUGGAGACACCCAUCUCUCCCACUGCGCAGACGUACCGUCCAAUCGCCCCGCUCACGGUUCCUCGUUCGUCGAGUAGAUCACCCUCACCUUCACCGCCGAACCUUGGACGAAAGUCGUCGCUGAUUGACCUCAAAGACUGGGUGGUUGAUGACGGGCCAAAGAAUGAUUCCGCACGCAAUGGGAGCACAGGUGUCAACAGUCUGCGCACCAAUAUCAAUGGCUCCUCUACUCCACUCAUCAAUCUUGAGUCUGCUCCAAAGUCACGGCCGCCAUUGCCCCCACGCAAGCCGUCGUAUACUUCAAUCAAAUCGACCUCUUCAUCUCCGUCUGGCUCAGGGGGACUCGGUGCUACACUCAAGCCCCCACCAAUCGCCGGAUCACGCCCCGUUGAGCAUACAUACCCCCCGACGAACGGAAAUGAAGGGUUUGGGACAUCUCGCAAAGGACACGCGCCCACUUCCUCGAUAUCCUCGUUCCAUUCUGUAUCACUCUCCGACGGUGGAACUAUCGACUCCAUCCCUUCUGCAGUUUCCCUAAGUCGAGAGGCGAAUGCGAGUACAGAUGCUGACUCUGCUAGCCUCGACGAGUCUUUCGAGAACGUUUCCGCCUCAUCUGCGGUCAGCCCGGGCGCAGCGUCCAGACACUUUGACUGGGGCAACGCCACCGUGCGGCCUGCGGACCCCAGACCGGUCCCUCCUAGGCUGCCACAACGACCGGGGCCUCCGAAAUCGCCAGUAUCUGGAUCGCCCAAGUCACCCCUUCCGCCCAGCUCUCCUGUUCUAUCACCACCAAGAUCCGUGUCCCGCUCCGGGUCGGCUUCAUCAACCUCCACCAGCGUUCCAACGAUCACCACGCGCCGUCCGCCACCGCCGCCCCCCUCGCAUGUGUCGAAUCUCAAUCGUACCAAACCUCCAUCCUCGCGGGGGUCACUUAAUUCUGGUCCUGGUACUGCAUCCGCUUCAGACCGCUCCUCGAUACAGAGCCAAAGCACUGGCACAUCCACCUCGCGCACAAGCGUCAGCACACGGAGCAGCAUCGGAAAGUCUACGAAGCUUUCGCGGCCCACUCCGGUACCACCAGCGGCACGCGCGCGCUACGAGACUGUCUUCAACACGAACGUCCUCGCGCGGCGCAAGGUGGAAAAGUCCGUCGCAAGGCUGAGCAGCGGCUCGGCUUCAUCAUCUAGUCCGCGAAAGACUCGUCAGGCAGCAGGGUGGAGAGGCCUUUCUGUCGACCUUAUUACCGAUCCGAAUGUCGGCGAUAAGGCUAAGGAGGAGGAGAAGGAUGGUGCUGACGUAGAUGCCAUCGUGGGCCCGGAAGAGCGCCUCAACGGUCGAAUAGUACGGCUCAUAUGGAACGCUUCAAUGUUAGAACAAAGUAAACUCCGUGACGUAUGGGCGGAAUGUAACCCGGACUCCACUGGCAGCAUUGACCGCGACAGCUUCGUGAGAGGCAUGUGGCGAAUUGACGAGGAGCUACGGAAAGCUCAUCUUCAGGGCCGGACUACAGCACUGAGCGCUGCUUCGUCUGCUCGCCUCCCCUUCCGACCAAAACCAGUUCUGCGGUAGCGUGCUGCGUGUUAAUGUUCAUCACUCGGGAAUUUCGUCACGCUACGAUGCUUCAUUAAACGCAUUAUUACUUACUAUGGAUACCAGACACGGACUCACGCCUAGUAUUUAUCGAGUAACAUACACUAUACGAGUAAUAAUGCGCUCGACGUGUCCUGGCAUCGGUCCUUGUGAUCAUGAACGAAGUUGAGGCUACAAAGAAGACAAAAAAACACGGAAACAACGAAUGUUCUACAUAAUAUGCUUCGGCUUCGCCCCACGUGUCGCAUAGAUCUGGGCAAGCAGUCCGAGCACACCAGCAUCCUCGAGCUCGUCCUCCUCGGUGAUGCUCUCCUGCUGCGACUCGAGCGCCUUGGACGCCUUCGCAUUGCCAUCGACAUACGAUUCGCCCAGAUUGCUCCCGACACCGCCGUCCGCUGCCAGAUCCUCACUCGAAAUCUCCUGCGCCCGUGCGGUAGCCGCCGCCGCCGCCGCAGACGGCUGAGCAGGCAUCGUAAUGCUCCCCUGUGAAUCGCCCAGCACCGCCGUCUGCGCCAUCGGACCGGGGUUCACCAUGCCCGACGCGGCCGUCGACUGCCACAUCGUCGACGCCCCAAGGGUGUUGUUGUUGUUGCUCGGGCCGCCGCCGCCGCCGAGGAUGCUCGCGCCCAUCUGCUGGCGCCGGCGCAGGGCGGCGUGCUGGCUCUGGCGGAGAGCGCGGUCGUACUCCUGCGCGCGCUCGGCGAGGUCCUUCUUGUCCGGCGACAGGAUCGUCGUGCCCUCGAGCCCCGUGCCACUCCGCCGACGGCUCGGGGCCACGACCGAGGCGCUCAGGUCGGCCAUGCGGCUGAGGUAGAGCGAGCCGGACGGGUCGACGGGGUUCCAGUCUGGGUUGGCGGCUUUGAAGUUGAGGAAGCUUUUCUCCAUCUUGCCUUCGCGCGAGAGCAUGCGCUCAUCCUUGAUCUU